AUGGCUUCAAAAUUUUCUACUGUGCCCUCGAGUGCGGAAAUCGCACCCUCGCCUUUCACUGUAUCCAUAUCGGAUGAGCAAAUCGACGAAUUUCGGACUCUGGUGAAGCUCUCGAAAUUAGCCCCGCCCACGUACGAAGGAUCCCACGCAGAUCGUCGAUUGGGGUUAUCGACAGAAUGGCUGGUCAAUGCCAAGGAAGAGCUGCAAAAAUUCGACUGGAGAGCCACCGAGAAGUAUAUCAACGACUUCCCGCAGUUUACAUAUGAAAUUGAAGGCCUUCCGAUUCACUUUGUAGCGCUAUUCUCUGAGAGAGAAGAUGCAAAACCAAUUGCCUUUCUUCAUGGAUGGCCUGGGAGCUUUCUCGAGUUUCUUCCUCUACUUUCGCUAUUCCGUGAAAAGUAUGAGCCAAGCACCCUACCCUAUCAUUUGAUAAUUCCAUCGCUUCCUGGAUACACGUUUUCGGGCGGUCCACCGGUUGACACGGACUGGAGCUGUCAUGAUAUGGCUCGAGUCGUGAACCAGUUGAUGAUCAACCUCGGGUUUGGCACUGGCUAUGUUGUGCAGGGAGGCGAUGUCGGGUCCAGAGUUGCGCGUUACCUUGCUAUUCAGUAUGAUGCUUGUAAAGGUUCCUGUUCACUGUACGUGGAAAUUUUUACUCUAGCAUAUAACCUUGCAGCCACUCAUAUGCGUUUAGUGAACUUUGUUGGUAUCACAAAACCUCCCAGCAUUGGAGACGAAAAGCUCUCGCCUUUCGAGGAAGAAGGCCAGAAACGGGCAGAAUGGUUUGGUACCUAUGGAUCUGCCUAUUAUCUGAUGCAUGCUACGAGGCCCAGCACUAUUGGACACAUCGUGGCGACGAAUCCGGUUGCACUCCUUGCUUGGAUUGGCGAGAAGUUUCUAGAUUGGCCCGAUAACAGCAACCCUAUUCCUCUGCAGACGAUUCUGAAGGAAGUCACACUCUACUGGUUCACCGAGACUUUUCCUCGGUCUAUCUAUAGCUAUCGCGAGCUUUACCCGCGAACGGCAGUACAUCCUUCGCUGACCCCCGAAUGGUAUAUUCAUAAACCAUUUGGCUUCUCGUACUUCCCGCAAGAAAUCAUGCCGAGCCCUCGGUCCUGGGUUGAAGCGACUGGUAACGUGGUUUAUUGGAAAACGCAUCAAGAGGGCGGUCAUUUCGCAGCACUGGAACAUCCUCAGGCUCUCGCAGACGAUAUUGUAGAGUUUGUAGAGCAGGUUUGGCCUAGUUCUUGA